AUGAGCGGAAAAAGCCUUCUUGGACUCUGGCUUUACCGGAGUGGCGAGUCAUGGUCGAUCAAGGAAGCACCACCCAUACCACAAUUGCCACAAUCAGAGUUCAGAAACCCGAACGCGCUGGCAAGGAACUCUAUAAUAUUCUCUCUUAAAAAUCAAGUCGGCGGGUUGGCCAGAGUUCUUCAAGUCUUUCAGGAUCUGGGCGUGAACGUUGUCCACAUCGAGUCGAGACCUUCGGCGAGGGCAGACUCCGAGUUCGAGAUCCUGGUGGAGGUGGAGUGCGACAACAAGAAGAUGGAGCAGGUGGUGGCCUUGCUGAGGAGGGAGGUGGCCGCCAUUAGCCUCACCACCUUCGAGGAGGGGGUCGAGCUGCCGCCCCCCACCCUGUCCUCCACCGCCAGCUUUGAUUUUGAAGAAAUCCCAUGGUUUCCGAAAAAAAUUCAGGAUUUGGACAAAUCCCAAAAGGUUCUCAUGUACGGCGAAGAGCUAGAUGCCGAACACCCAGGCUUCAAGGAUCCUGUUUACAGGAAGCGGAGAGAAACUUUUGCCACCAUCGCAAGGACCUAUAAACACGGGCAGCCAAUUCCUAAAGUCCAGUAUACCCCUGAAGAAAUCAAGACAUGGGGAACAGUAUUUAGAGAACUCCACAAAUUAUACGUCAAACAUGCCUGCAAAGAAUACUUGGAUAAUUGGCCAGAGCUGGUUAAAUAUUGUGGAUACAGGGAGGAUAAUAUCCCUCAGUUGCAAGACAUUAGCACGUACCUUAAAAGAAAAACAGGCUAUCAGCUUCGACCAGUUGCUGGUUAUUUGUCAGCUCGAGACUUCCUAGCUGGUCUCGCAUUCAGAGUAUUCCACUGCACACAGUAUAUCAGACACAGCUCAGAUCCAUAUUAUACACCAGAACCAGAUUGCUGCCAUGAAUUACUUGGCCAUAUGCCUCUGCUGGCCUGUCCAAGUUUCGCUCAGUUUUCACAAGAAUUGGGACUCAUUUCACUUGGCGCAUCUGAAAAUGAUAUAGAAAAGCUUGCGACACUCUACUUCUUCACAGUUGAAUUCGGUUUAUGCAAACAAGAUGGAGAACUAAAGGUCUAUGGAGCGGGAUUAUUGUCAUCAAUUGCAGAGCUUAAGCAUGCGAUUGAAGCAAAAGAAAAGAUCAAGAGAUUUGAUCCUGAAAUAACUUGCAAGGAAGAGUGCAUCAUAACAUCAUUCCAAAAUGCCUAUUAUUAUACUGAUUCAUUCGAAGAGGCAAAGGAGAAAAUGAGAGCUUACGCAAUGAACAUCGAAAGACCCUUUGGAGUCCGUUAUAAUCCUUACACACAGACUGUGGAAAUUUUAAGCAAUGCCCAGAAGAUAACUGCACUGGUUUCAGAAUUGAGAGGAGACCUGUGCAUUGUUAGUAAUGCGCUUAAGCAAAUCCACGCCCAAGAGGAGACAGUUGAAACAAUUGCCCACAUGCUACAACAAGGAAUAAAUUUAGCACCAGAGGAAAAAAAAAAUAAUCAUGAAGAAAAGUAAUUACAGAUACAGGCAACCACACCGG